AUGAAAGCUCCCUUAGACCAAGGUGCGCUACAAGCCUUGGUCGAUUCAGCUGCUCAAGCCAGAAAUUUGCCUGCUCUCCACCUACCAUUUUCUCCUCCUGCCGAAGAAGCUGGGGCUAUAGCAGUGUGUUAUGCUUUGAGAUAUCGCCCCAAUGGGUUCAUGGUGCUUGCUCCAAAUCACCCAGAUGUGCAACUGGCUUUGGUAGCAGACCAGCCGGACGAGGAUCCUCCUAUGUUCCACGAGUCUCAGGUGAGCCUCGAGAAUACCCGAGGCCGGGUCUUGGGUGCAACAGAAGUGCUUUUGGUGGACAUGAGUUGGUCCUAUGUGCAUCUGUUUUCUCCGGCAGCUGCAUUCAGAGGGCCCGUGGCAUCGCGUCCACCAUUAGUCCAUAUUCAAAUGGGAGAUCAGCUUGGCCGCCCCACCAAAGCCACUGCCCUGGAAGCAGCUUCCCGUUGGAUUGGGGAGAUGGAUCAGGAGACCGCUCAGGAUUAUGCCACAGCCGAGGAGGGCGUAGAAGAGGCUUUCGACUCUGCAGAUCCAAACUUGGAUGGCGAGCCUAUGGGCGCUGCUUCAGAGGCUACGAUUGCAGCGCUCUUGCGGCGCAUCGAAGAGCUCGAGGCCCGGCCUGUGCUUCGACAGGGGCAGUUUGCCGGCACACCGCAACCUCGAAUGGCGCAAGCAGAGCGGAGAGGAGCUGCCGCCAAGACCCGCCCUCAACCUGCAGCAAUGCCUUUUCCAGAUUUAGAGCGAGAAGCAGCCGAGCCCGAAGUCGAGCACGAGGCCGUGGUUGUGCCGCCGCCACCUCCUGCAGGGUCGUCAAUGGAACAGAUCAUGUUGCACCAAUUGCAGCAAAAUCAGGUCCUGUUGCAUCGUUUGGUGUCCGGUUCACGAGCCACAGAUCCGGUGCUGGGAGCUCUGCAGUCCGGAGGACGGGACAACGGCACCGCCAGCUCAGGCAUUCUUGAAGACUGUUCAAGAUCUGGUGAAAGUGGGGAUGUUGCCCGCCAAAACGCUCUCAAAGAGCUCGGCAUGACGCCGGAGAGACACGACCCAUCGUUGAUGAGGCGCUACAUAGAACGCCGGGUGCCGCUCGCCGACAACCGGCUUUUGGCGCAAUUUGGGACCAUGUUGGCAGAAGCUUGGGCUGUGGGGGCUGCAUCUCAGAACAGCGAACUCUUGGGAGUGAUAGCUCGCAUGCUCUUUUUCCUGGAACAAUGUGCCAUCGAUGGCGGGAAGAGUCAACUAGCAUGGCUCCUAUUAUGUGGAUGGCAAGAGCCAGCACAGCACCUGAUGGUAAACCAUCGCCGUCAGCCGGGACUUCAACCAUUCUCGAGACUUUGCGCCCUAGCUUGGGUCAGUGGGAAUCUAGCUUAUCUGAAAGAUUUGGACUUCAUGGAAAGCCGACUCAAUCAGGUGAGCAAACCACCUACUGCCAAAAGCCAGGUGGACGAUUCAGACAAUCUGACUCCCAAGCCCAGGAAGCCCAAAAGACCAAAGGGGAAAGGAAAGGGGGAUGGAGCAAACAGUGCGGCAGCGCCGGCGCCAGCGGCGGUGGUGCAUGUGGGUCAUCUGUGGUGUUGGACUGGAUCUGCGCGUUUGAGUCCGCGGCGUCGUCGUCGCAAAGCAUUUCUCCAGACACGGCAUGAGCUCCUUCAGACCGUGGUGUGUUGCCUGAACUGGGAGGUGCUAGGUUUUCCGUUAGAGCCACCCAAACACGCUCAGCUAGGAGCGCCAAUAUCCGUACAGCAGCAUGAGAUUCUUGAGCGUAUCGAAUCCAUGUUGGAUCAUUUCCUUCGCAUGCCAGAAUUUGAAGGGGACGGGUUGGGUCCCAGCAUCAUCCCUCCACCGAAUCCAAGCGGUGCUAGGCCUGUCGUGUCAGACCGUGUGAAAUGGAAAAAUCCGCCAAGCUUUGAUGCAGAGCCUUUUCUGUCAGAUCCAUUGGUGCGUGCUGCUUUUGUAGAUCCCGAAGUUUUGCAUAAGGUUGUUGGAUUCAUGUACUUCUCUUCCGGAGUUGCCACGCUGGCUGACUGCCCUCGAAAGAGGAACAGGUCCCAGGUGCCUCUGGGCAGUUUGGAGGAGGCUUCGGUUAUCAAAGCUCCACCCAUCUCGCUGCCCUUCGACACACGAGGUGCUCAGUUGGCAAUUUCUGACGGCUUGGCAGCUUCAAUGAUUACGAUGAAUACGACGUUUGACUCUGCGCAGGCUUUCCAAGUGGACGAGGAGGCCGUCGCUAUGGCCCGCUAUGGCGCUCAGGAUAUCUUGUCCCGCAGCCAGCUGCUGUAUGUGGACCCCCCAAGAGUGGACCUCGGUGCAUCGCAGCCGUCACGUUACCGUCAUGAAGUGGUUAUCAACUUGGAGUUAGCUGAAACUUGCUGUGCAUGGCCCCAGAGCAAGUCGCAGAGCAAAAGCAGCUACACCACCUAUCCGCAUAGCAGGAGUGUAGAGUUACGGUUCUUUGGAGGUCGCAGUCAUUGGCAUUUUGGAGAAAGAGAUUGGUACAGCUCCAAGUCAGACGUCGCCUUCCAGCAAGGAUGCCACAAGUGGCCAAGGACGGGGCUUGCUUCGGUGGAAUUUGAGAAGGGAACUUGGUCGAGAAGUCGAGAAGUUCAGUGUUUGAUGUGUUUGCAAGAGUUGCACCUUUAG